ACGAUACGGAGUCGCGGCAGUAUUUAGCAUUAAUAUUCACAUAAAAUGGAGUUACCAGUUACGUAUUGUUUAUGCGGUCGUUCUUACGAUUUUGAACAAUUUAUGAUACAAUGUGACGUUUGUAAAGAAUGGUAUCAUGGAGGAUGCGUAUCUAUAAAGGAAUAUAUGUCGAUAGAUCUUGACAAAUAUCAUUGUCCGCGUUGUGAAGCAAUGUGCGGACCAUCGAUUAUGAAAGUAAGAUUAAAUUGGCAUAGACACGAUUAUUCUGAACCUGAUGCGGAUACAAAACCAGUACAAACUGGCACGCCAGUUUUUAUAAGAGAAUUAAAAUCCAGACAUUUUCCAAAAGCUGAUGAAGUUGUUAAACAUGUUAGAGGACAACAAUUGACUCUUCAACAUUUGCAAACUAAUGGUUUUGAGAGUCCCAUUAUAAUAGACGGAAAGGAUGGACUUGAUAUGACUGUUCCACCUCCGAACUUCAGUGUUUACGAUAUAGAAAGUUGUAUAGGUGGAGAUCGAGACAUGGAUGUGAUCGAUGUUACAAGACAAAAUAAUAUCAGAAUGAAAUUAAGAGACUUUGUUGAAUAUUACAAUUCCCCUUGCAGAACAAGGGUUCUUAAUGUGAUUAGUCUUGAAUUUACAAAUACUGGUCUUUCUCCAAUGGUCGAGGCACCAUACAUCGCGCGUAAACUCGACUGGGUUAAUUCCGUUUGGCCACGCGAUUGGCCCGAGGAUAGUGACAUAAAACGUCCGGAAGUACAAAAAUAUUGCCUAAUGGGGGUCAAAGACAGUUUCACAGAUUUCCAUAUCGAUUUUGGUGGCACAUCUGUGUGGUAUCACGUGCUACGUGGAGAAAAAGUGUUUUAUUUAAUCAGGCCUACUCCUGCAAAUUUACAAUUAUAUCAACAUUGGAUGUGUAGCUCGACACAGAGCGAAACUUUUUUUGGAGACCAAGCUGAUGCGUGUUACAAAUGCGUUUUAAAACAAGGCCAAACCAUGAUGAUUCCAACAGGAUGGAUACACGCAGUGUUAACGCCUGUCGAUUCUUUAGUUUUUGGUGGAAACUUUGUACAUAGUCUUAACAUUCCAACGCAAAUACAAAUAUACGAAUUAGAAAAAAAGAUGAAGACUCCUGCCAAAUUUCAAUAUCCUGGUUUUGAGACAAUCAAUUGGUUCGCAGCAAAAAAAUUGCUGAAAGAAUUGAAAGAAUUAAAUAACGAGGGAAAGAAAUGUCCCACAUAUCUCUUACAGGGUGUUAAAGCAUUACUCAGCAUUCUAAAACAAUGGAACACAGAUAAAGAUUAUAAUAUGAUUAGCAGGGGUCAAAUACCGGAAACAAUAAAUAGUCAAAAAUUGCUAAAAGAUUUUAGUAAAGAAAUAAGACACGCGGAACGAUACUUAAUGUCAUUAAAUCCUCCAAAACCAGAGCGAGAGAGUAAACGCAAGAAAAAAAAACCAUUAAACAAAGAUUUCGUAGAUUAUGAUGUUGCUGAUAGAAUGGCUGAUAAUCCGUUCAAAGCAACAUUAAAAGAGACGAAUAAAACGAGUUCUACGAUCUCGGAACCACCCUCAUCGGGUAGACCACCGUUAAAAUUAACUCUACCGAAACCAAUAAUGUAUCCAUAUGUCAAAGCUCAAAAUACAACGUUGGAAGAAAAAAAUACAUCUUCCGUUAGUAAUAAACGAUCGUCAAAACCAGGAAAACAGAGUCCAACUGUAAUUAGAUUUAAACUUGGCAAUAACGAAGUCGUACGAAGUACACACGAUGACAUAAAUACAUAUAACGAGUUUACAUCUGAUCAUCAUCUUGGAACACCGAAAGAAUUAACUUGGAAGCAAACUUCUAUAUACGAUUUUCAUGAUGGCAGCAACGAAAGUGAUUAUGGUCGAUUCACUAUAGAUGAAUCACCGAAACGAAAAAGAGCGCCAAGAAUUAAUACGCAAAAACGGUUAAAACGCGACUAUGAUGGAGAUGUUGAUGUCUUAAAUGAUGUACCGAAAAAUGGUAUUGAAGAAUUAUUAAAAGCUUCGGCUUAUACUUUGGGAAAUGGUGCUCAAAGAUUAGAUGUAACGACAUCGAUGAUAUCACAGUACAAUCAACCUAUACCACCACCUACUGGUAUUUAUAAAUUGAAAACAACCAGUUCUGGUAGGGCAUCUCCAUCUACUCGAGAAGCAAUCGCUGGGAUGUUAUCCUUCAGCGAACAAUGUUAUUCAACUACAUCGAACAGUACAUCGAAAUCUACAAAAAUCACUAAAAUGCAACCUGAUGAAGACGACGAUCAAUCGAUAGAAAAUAUCGAUAAAGUUCAUCAAGACGAUGAUUUUAUUUAUCCAUCUCUUGACGCUUCGGAUGACGAAGAUUCUAUCUUUAAACCAAAAGCGAAAAGUCAAAUAGAUGAGGCAUGGAAUCCAAAAGCCAGAGUAGGACCUCUUUUGCCAAAAACGAAUCGUCCAGCUCGAGAAGGUGUCAAAAAAACAUCUGUUGAAAAAGGACUCGAAGCAGCAGCAGCAAAACGCGCAAAACAAUCGGACGAUUAUCUGGAUAACAACAUGGAUAAAGGCUCCAAGAAGAAAUUGAGUACAACCAAGCGGACAUAUAAUAAAAAGAAGCAAAAGAAUUCAUCUGUAACAUCGACAACUGGUACAUCGACUACAACUUCAGAAAAUACUGUAAAAACAAGCAUCGGAUUCGGUUCAAUAUUAACUAGCCCUAACAGGCUUAAAGAUGUAAAAGCAAAAUUAGCAGCCCCGGUUCCAGUUGAACGAAAACCAAAGAAAGGGAUGAAAACUGCUAAACAACGCUUAGGAAAAAUCUUAAAACUUCACAAAAUGAUGCAUUAAAUCAAUAAUUAGUAAAAAAAAAUCAAAAACGCAAUGAGCUAUACAUACAUCACAUCACUCUCUCCAUUUGUGUACAAAAAAAUGUAAUAGGUGUACAUUGCUAUGUAAAUAUGUUGAAAUCAUUAAGGUAGUAUAUCUAAUAUUUGUCUUAAGAAUCUAGUUUUUAAAAUUGCGAUCGUUUUUUUAACGAAAUAUUUAUAUUUAUUACCGUACUAUUUGAUUUUAAGAAUCGUAUAUUAUAAUAUAUACUGUAUGUUUUGAUACUUGACUACUUCGGCAAGAAAUUAUGUUAUAGUGAACGCUUGCAGAAGCUCCUUCUAUAUGUACGAUUUUAUUUUAAAACUAUAUUUGUUAACAACUCAAAAAGAAUAAGAUUAUCGGAUCCAUAUGACUGUAAAGAGGCUGUAGUAUAUUAAAUCUUUUUCAAUUAACUAUUUAAUAACUGUAACAAAUUUUAUACGGCAUAAUAGCUGCAUAACAACAAAAAGGAUGGGAUAAUAUUUUGUAUAAAUUUAUUUAAAACUUUUCAUUUUGAUCAUGUGCUUUUCAUUACUUUUACAUCUUGUACUUAUCACUAUUUUCAGUUGAUACCAAAUUAUAUUCAUUUUGAUAUAUACGAUAAUAUUUAAUAACUUAUUCAAAUAACUAAAUUUUAUACAUCUAAAGAAAAGUUUAACAUAUUUUAUAGUGUGAUUUAUUGUCAUUUCGAUAAAACGUGUAACCCUUUUGUAUAUUUCUUAAUACAUGAUCUAAUCAAUGAUAUACAUAUGUCAAGAAAUACAAACAUUGCGCGUGCGCACGCAUGCAUAUGGUAUGCAUAUAUUGUUGCUGUUUAAUUGCUCUGUUUAUUAUCGCUUUCAUUGGCAAAUAUCAAUGAUAUAAUUUUUCAUUUAAUCGUUGAUUUAUAUAAUUGUUAAUUGUAAGAUACCAUUAAUUAAAUUAUAUAGUUUUCAUACUUACAUUCAUGUAGUAUGUAUUCGUUGUAACUUUUAUAUAUAGUUGCGAUGUAUGAGUUCGUAUUAACGGUUAAAAGAUACUUCAUACUUCCCGCUGAAUUUAGAAUGCAAAGGAAUGUGAGCGCAUGCGUGCGAUUGUCUAUACUUGGCAGUAUUCAAUGGUACCUCGAUUAGUGUUGAUCGUUUUGUAAAAUUUCAUGUUAAUCUGACAGGUUCUCGCGAGAACGUUUAUUGACCGUCCAUUCGCUGUGUCGUUAUUAAUAAUAUGUACAAGUGUAUAUACAUUUUAACAAUUUUACCGUGUUCAACAUCUGUGUUCGAAACAGUAUCAAAUUCUUGUGUCUUUUUCUACAAAAAAUAUUUCAGAAUUUAUGGCGUUUUCGAUAGUAUAUGAAUCGUGAAGCGAUCGUGGAACAGUGAAUUAAUAGUGAAUAAAAAAAAUAAAUUGUGAUAUACAAUAAUAACGCCUAGAACUUAAAUUGCUUUCUUUUGACCGCGUGGAAUAUUCAAGACACUAUCGCGUAUUUUAUACUUUCACAAGGGAAGAUGCAUCCCUGUUCUCGCAGCUGAGACCGCCCCGUAGACUACGCCAGUCGGCCUCUCCUCAUCCACGAGCAAUCACUAGAAAGUAAGAAAAGCUCUAAUAUCGUCUUGCGUCUCGUUGCUAGCGCAAUCGCAAAUCGCAUUAUCAAUAAUAUCACAUAAGAUAAAUAAAACGAAUCGAUACGAAGCGAGUGCAAGACUAAAAAAAAAAAAAAGAGCUUAAGCGCGAAAAAGGGGGGUGAAAAAGAGUGAGAGAAAGGGGGAAAGAAAACGGACGCAGCAAGCUACAAGGAGAAGAAAACGAAAUGCUUUUAUUCAAAAAAAGUGGACAGGAUGCAUAGACACCAUACAUAAUUCAAUAUAUAUAUAUAUAUAUAUUUUAUCGCAAAAUAUAUUCGAUUAAAAAAAAAAAAUAAAAAAGGAUUCGCUGCGUGCACGCGCAUCCGUUUUUUCGAAAUUUAGUAAAGCUAAGAGGUAAAUCUAAAAAAAAGAAGAAGAAAACAGAAGAAGAAGAAGAAGAAGAAAAGAGAGAAGUAAAAGGGGAGGAGGAGAAGGACGAAGAAGAAAGGAAAAGAGAAGAGAAAAGUAAGAGACUCGAAUCGAGAAAAGAAAAA